AAAACUCGAGAAAGGAAUUCUUCUUUAAAGGUAAACACUGGAGGAGGAAUUAGGGUAACUUCGUAAUUUGUACCCAAGUGCUACGCCUCCGCCAUCCUCGAACGAAAUGAAAGAAGUCCACUCGGUAUUUAACGAGAGGGAAAGAGAGAGAGGGAGAAGAGGAGUUCUUGGGGGGGGAUCGCUUAAACGUCAAUUAACAUAUUACAUCCGGGUUUCGAGGACCUACAUCGAUCCGAAUUUCAAGGAACCAAUUGCCAAUGUAACUGCUCCAGUUGGAAGAGAAGCAAUUUUGUCUUGCGUGGUUCAAGAUUUAGCUGAAUACAAAGUGGCAUGGCUGCGCGUGGAUACCCAAACGAUAUUGACGAUAGCCAGUCACGUUAUCACGAAGAACCAUCGAAUAGCAGUGUCUCACAGCGAUCACCGAACGUGGUUCCUUCAUAUACGAGAGGUGAAAGAAUCCGACAGGGGAUGGUACAUGUGCCAGAUUAACACGGAUCCGAUGAAGAGUCAAACCGGCUACCUCGAGGUUGUGGUUCCGCCGAAUAUUCUGGACUACCCAACCAGCACCGACAUGGUGGUGCCGGAAAACAGUAAAGUGACUUUACACUGCGAAGCGACAGGAUCACCGGCGCCAAACAUCAUGUGGCGGCGCGAGGAUAACAAGUCGAUACUCCUGGGAAACGGGACGAAUGUUAUCUCUGUGGAGGGGCCAAAUUUCAAUAUAUCGAAGGUCGAUCGAUCGCACAUGGGUUUCUAUCUUUGCAUCGCGACCAACGGAGUGCCACCAUCGGUCAGCAAAAGAAUCAUGCUCACCGUCCAAUUUCCGCCCAUGAUUUGGGUGCAGAAUCAAUUGGUGGGCGCCCAAGAGGGACAACAGUUGACUCUCGAGUGCCUCUCAGAGGCUUAUCCCAAAUCCAUCAAUUAUUGGACAAGGGAUAAGGACGAAAUAGUUCCGCAAGGGGGGAAAUACGAGCCCACAUUGGUGGACAACGCGUACAAAGUUCAAAUGAAGUUGACGAUAAAUUCGGUCGGUCCGUCAGAUUUUGGAUCGUACAAAUGCGUGUCUAGAAACGCAUUGGGGGACACCGAUGGCACCAUCAAAGUUUAUCCAAUAACGUCCUCGAAUUCUACCGAAAUUAUGACAAGAUACAAAGGUAAACUGAGGCAUAAUUCGGGAAACAAUAUUUUAGAAGGGAAUCAAGAUAUGUUGAAAGAAAGAGAUCUGAAGUUACGUGGCCGGAAAGAAACGAGCGGAAACGAGGAGGACGAUUACGAGGAUUCAGGCGCUGCGUCGAGCAACAACUCUUUCAGCUUGAUUUUCGUCUUGGCCACAUUCUCCAUUUAUCUCCGCCAUCAUCACCCUCAGUUAAGAACGUUGCAUCCGGCUUGAGGAUCGGCCCCCGUGCCGGCCAAUCAUCAUCGGAUCCUCCUUUCGAUCGCGAGCCAUCGAAAAUUUGUAAAUCCACUUAAAAACCCAUCGUCGCUCAGGGACUCUAUAUUUCGAGGAUAAAAAUUUUAUCGAAUCAUCAUCCACGCUACACUCAUCACAAUUGUAUUAUAAAAAGAAAGACAUUAAUUACUAUUACUAUUAUUAUUAUCAUUAUCAU